AUGAGUACCGAGGCUUGCUUCUUACCGAAUGUUAUUUCAUACAAGCCACUAUAUUAUCACUCAAACACCAAGACAACGGUCUGGCAUAAGCUUCCAAUAUCAAGAAGGUCAGCAGUUUUGGUAAUUCUAUUUCUUGGAAGGUGUGGAGAACUUAGAGUGAUUUUGACGAAAAGAUCAAGGUCGCUUAGAAACUUUUCCGGUCACGUAUCUUUUCCCGGCGGGAAAGCUGAUAAUGGUUUGGAAUCAGAGUGGGAAACAUCACGAAGGGAGGCAUUUGAAGAAAUUGGAUUUCCAAAAUCAGACGAAGAGCUAUCGAAGCUUGGACUCAAGCUCGAGAAGUUGAACUUUUUACCGUGUUUUGUAGCUAGAACCGUGUUAGCUGUCAGACCUUGUGUUGGGAUAUUGAGAACUCUGUCAGAUGAGCUCAAUAUUUUGGAUAAAUCAUUGCAAUUUAGUCUAAACCCUGGAGAAAGUUCGAGCAUUUUUUCAGUCCCAUUGAGGGAUUUCUUUGACCAAAGGAAAAUCAAGAGUGUUAGCAAAGAAGCCAAUUUGAAAAUUGAGCUCCAAGAGAAGUCUAGUGAAUAUCUUGAGAAACGGGCAGUUAACACAAGUUGGGCAGGAAUCAAAUGGUGUUUAAGAUCGCUAAUAUAUCCACAGAGUAAUCACGAAAAUGAAGCUACUUGGUUAGCUGAUGUCGAUGACUUAUCCUCUGAAGAUGAGAGUAGUAAUGCAGGUGCACAGAACCAACAAGUUAGGAACGUGUGGGGACUCACUGCCAAUAUCUUGUAUGAGCUAGCACAGAUAGCUUACAAAGGACAAGAAUACUGGGACAAGAAAAGGAAUAUCGGAGAAGAAGAGCUACUCUAUUCAUUGUCUACAAGUGGAGGCCAACUUAAGGAUGGCAAAAGAAGUGACUUUGAAGUCGGUAUCAUUAAUGGUGACAAGAAAACUUCAUUUGGUGAUGUCUUACCAAAAGAUGAAGAAAAAAGAUUAAUAGAAAUUUACAAUAAUGGCUCAAAAAUAUAA